CCUAUACGGAUCGAGAGGAUAAAGAUCGCCAAUAACCGUAUUCGAAAUGUUGAUAUUCAGUGCCUUGUUUGUCCUUGUUGGUUUGGGAUUCGCCCUUCCUUCGUAUGAGCUGGAAAGGGAGUGGAAGCAGUUUCAGCUUGCUUAUAAUCGAAAUUACAAAAAUCCGGCAGAACUUCGUUAUCGAAAAGGAAUUUUCAAUACAAAUCUUGAAAAUAUCAAAAAACACAAUGAAGAAUAUGAAGCAGGACUGCAAUCUUAUAUGAAAGGGGUUAACAAGUUUACUGACCUAACCUUCGAAGAAGUCCAGAAAAAACUCCUCACAUACAAAGGAAACAGCGCAAGCAAAGUCACUGUCGAUCUAGAUAUUCUACAGGUUGCUGACAACGAGCUACCCGAGUCAAUUGAUUUCAGAGAAAAGGGAUAUGUGACACCAGUAAAAGACCAAGGGGAUUGCGGUUCAUGUUGGGCAUUUUCGGCUGUGGGGGCAAUUGAAGGACAGCUCUACGAAGCUACUAAGAAACUUGUAACUCUUUCCGAACAGGAGCUGGUAGAUUGUUCGGAAUCUAACUUCGGAUGUUUCGGUGGUUGGAUGAAAAGUGCUUUUAAAGAUCUCAGAAAACUUGGUGGCAUCGCCACUGAAGAAUCCUAUCCAUAUGAAGGUGAUGACGAUGAAUGCGAGUUUGAGGAGGAUAUGGCAGUCGCUCAAAUAACUGGAUCAAAAAGUUUGCCGAAAAAGGAGGACGCAUUGAAGAAAGCGGUAGCCACGAUCGGUCCUAUAUCAGUAGCCAUUGAAGUUACCGAUAACUUUGUCGACUACAAGGAGGGAGUAUUCUACGAUAAGUCAUGUUCUGGCGAAGAAUGCUUGAUGAAUCACGCUGUUCUGGUUGUUGGAUAUGGAAAGGAUAAUGCGACUGGUAAGGACUAUUGGCUUGUCAAAAAUUCCUGGAGUGAUGAUUGGGGAGAUAAUGGGUAUAUAAAAAUGAGUCGUAACCGCAGAAAUAACUGUAAUAUUGCUUCAGCUGCAAUUUACCCGAUUGUCAAACCAAAAGGAAACUUUUCUAGCUUUGCUGAUGAAUAAAAUAUGUAAUGAAUUUGUUUUUGAAUUAAUUCCACAACAUUCAAUA